AUGGCCUCCACCCAAUCGCCCGAGCUGGACCUGACCAAGUGCUUCACAGGCGAGCAGCAGCUUGUAACCUGGGACAUUGCCUACCGCGCCCUCUGCGACCCCGAAACUGCAACUAACAGCGACCCCCUGCGCGCCUUCUUGAGCGCGAACGAGAACAAGCAAAUACUGAGCCGGCCAUGGAAACCAUUCCCAGACCCGUCGUCGCAAGAGAAGAGCAAGUUUGAGGCCAAGACCGCGCCCAUCAAGGUCACGCCCUCAUCAAACAGCCACUACAACAUAGACGAAAUCAAGGAAGACAGUCUCUGGCUCUCAAAGCAGGCGCAGAUAUCAGAAUAUGCAGCACUGCAGCUUGUUGCCCAAGAAUGGCAGAGCAGGCCGGCCGUCCAGCUUCUAAGCGGACUGACUGAGGAAGAAGCACUCAGUGUACAGGACGCCGCAGGACUCGCGAAUCUCGGCGCGUCGACGUUUGCGCCCAACUCGUCCAUCCUUUCCACACCGCUCGCCGCAAAAAUCUCGCAAUUCGAUACGCAGGACCAGCGACGGCUGCGCAUUCUUGACAUCUACCACUCCACGUGCGCCUCAAUUCUUCGCAUCAGCCAGCUCCUCGUCUCGUGGGGCUCCCUACCACACCUCCGGAACCAGACCAUCUACGGGAACGACUAUCACACUGUUGGCGCCGGCUGGAUUGAAGAGCUCGGCCAAGCAAUCGCAACAGCCCAGGCUGGAGGACCGGGCCCUACUACUGGCGCCAAGGCACUUGACGAGUGUCUCCAGGCCGCGCAACAGAGAUGCGCAUCGCUAGAAGGCGGCUAUGGGUGGGACGUGAGCGAAUCCAUCAUAGAGGCCGCGUCAGAGAAAUGGGUCGUCGCGCAAACAACAGAGCUGCUACACAUCCUGCACAUCUCUCUCACGCACGCAGACGUGUAUACAAAGGGCUUCGUGCCGGCCGCGACCAUUGAGGACUGGCUUCAGUUCUUCUCGCAGCGCGGCUUCUUCCGUGAAUUCCUCGUCGUAUCCCCGGGUCAGGAGCCAGUUGUUCCUGUCGUUCAGCUACUGAUCUCACUCGUUGCACUCUCGCUUUUGAAGAUUGACCUAAUCGUCAAUGACAUCGACUCGGGAGACUACAGGAAUUGGGAUCGAUCAUCAUACAUCCUAAACACUGGGGUAUUGACGAAUAUCACGACCAUGUUUGGAGAAGCAGCACAGUUUGGCCCAAGUCCAGCGACACCUCCAAUGUUCGCUUGGGCUCUGGUCACAUGGAAGCUCACCGAAAGGGCAGCCCUUGACGAGCGGGAGCGUGACAACAUGCUCGAAUAUCCAGAUGCGCCCCAAACCGGCCUGUCUGUGCUGGAGGAGGCUGGGCUUGCUGUCUCAUCGCUCGAGUCCCACGAGCUCUUUGAUGGUGAUUUACCAUACCGAUGCCUUGCCGUGGCUAGUGCGGAGGCAGGUGUUCUCCCUAUCAUUGAUCAGAUGGUAGAGCUCGCAUCGUCCGCGUUCGGGACCUACAUUGAUCAGGUGUCGCGAGACCGUGUUCGUCUGCUCUUCCUCCAGAUUAUCCGAGCCAGUGUGGGAAACGACAUUGUGGUCUACAGUGCCGAAUUGCUAGCUACCACAUACACUCUACUAGCAGGCGACCGGACUUUCCGCACGUGGGUCGACGAUAAUGCGGCUCGUCAACCAGAUCCGGUGGUUUCGUUCUUCCUCGAAGACGAGUAUGUCCUGCGGGCAGCCAUCUUGGGCGAAACACGUCGUCGCUACCCGUACGAGAAUGAUGCUUUCCUCAAGUUGUGUAGUGCCUUAGUCCGAGGCGACAAUACUUCGCGAAAUGGCAUUCCUACGUUCAUGGAAAAGCUUGUCAACUCAGCUGAGUUAAUGCAACGUUUGCCUGUCGGCUUCAGGGAGUAUGCAUUGACCCGCGAAGAAGAGAACCAGAACUGGGUUGAACUCACUGCCCCUCUUCCACUUUUCUGCACCAAAGCCACGUCUAGCUUCCUUGGCCAGCGGCGUCUUCUAACAUCAGGCCAGUCAGGAUCAACUGAUGGGCCCCUAGAAAUUCCUGCCGGCACAGAAGGCAUCAUAGUCGAUGACACUGAGGCGCCCUACGUCGCUGCAUGGAAGUUCCAACACUCCACGUUGACUUACCUUGUCCAAUUACUCUCCACCUAUCCUGUAGCAAGUACUACAGUCGAAGUUUCCACACAAGAGCCAGCUGCCCGGACAACUGUCACUGAGAUUGUGGGCCUGUUCGCGGACCUCAUGCAGUCGUCUCUGCAGCUGUCCGAGGGCGUUUGUUCCGUUGAGCUGCUAGAGGCAUUAUCAAUAGGUGUCAGUGGGAUGCAAGACACUGUCAGCGCAAUAUUUGCCAUUUUCGAGGAGGAGCUACUACGACUGUGUGAACAGCCAGGCAACGAAGAAUCACUGGAGCUCUUGGUCAACUGCACUCAUUUCCUGGAGGUGCUAGCCACCGUCGCUCCGCAGAGAGUAUGGCCCUGGUUGGCUCGAAGCCGCUUGCUCGAAGGCGACGGCAACGGUGGCAGUCUCGCUGCUGUUCUCAUCGGAACUGAAAUGGUUCUCGGUAGAUAUGACUUCCUGAUUGGUUGCAUUCGGCUGUACAAGGUCUUGGUCACAGAUGCUGUCGAGCGAUCUGUUGCUCGGAAGACGCCAAGCAGAGCAAUAAGCCGCUUCAAUGCCACAGCCCCUUCGGAGAGCGGCACAUCCGACAAGACCAUCAGCACGACACUUUUCACAUUCGGCCGGACCUUGGCGAGCAUAUAUGAGAGCUCUUUGAGCUGGAAGUACUCACGCCCUGAUGAUCGGCCGGAGAUCAACAUUGCUAUAUGCGAAGUGUUUACGAUGAUCUUGCAGCUCGCUUACGGCGUCGACGAUGCAUCCAAACUGUCCGCGAAGCUCACCAAGUUAAUUGCCCCCAUAGCUGAGUACAUUACUCAAUUAUACUUGACCAAGUCGGAAGGCGACAUGCCCACGAAUCCUAUCCUAGCAUCAUUGGUGAUAGGAGUAAGCCCCGAGGACACUGCUUUACUCACUAGCUCUGGCACAUUGUGGAGGCGACAAACGCAGGCCACUCUGACUCUUGCCGAUGCAUUGGUGAGAGUUGCAAUGCUGCUCAACAAGCCAUGGACACAUCUAGAGCAGCAGCUGUUCAAAGCGACACCACUGCUAGCACGACUCUACGGCUCUAGUGACAAAUGGAAGUCACAGGUCGUGCUUUUGCUGGAGACUCUCGUACGGGGUGCUGUUCGUGUCGCGGCUCCAGCAGAUGAGGCGAUGGAUACACAUGGCUCAACAGGCGCAGCUCGCGCUCAAACCGAACAACAAGAGCCCCCCUCCUUACUAGGUCACCUGGGACCGCGUACUGCGAGGAAUUUCCUUAGCGUCUUGUCUCAGCUUGACGAACCCAUCAGAGUUCUCGACAUUCAGACUAACGUGUGGAACUUACUCUCGGCGGUGGUGACAUGCAAACAACAAUGGUUCUCUCUCUACUUGCUUACCGGUAGCACACCGCGAGAAGCGAUGCGGACUAAGUCAGAGUCGACUGCUCCAUUGAAGAGCAAAGCCUUGCUCACGCGAGCCCUCAGUGCCCUUACCAACAUGGUUCUACCGGAGAAAAGCUCGAUCAAGCUACCAUGGGAUCUGUAUACUGCUAUGUUAGAGUUCGUCUCAUCAGCUCAGAACAACUGGUCAUGGGCCAUGGGAGACUUGCGAAAAGAAAAGGACUUUAUCCAAAAGCUCCUCACAUUCAUGAAGUGGAUGGCGAAGCAACCGAGGAAUCUCAAGACCAAUGCGGAGCUUGUAGAGCGUUCAUACCAGAACAGGUUCGCGUCCCUGACCUGCGAAAUUCUGGCCAUGUACCUUCACGGUUCGCGGCAAGUUGGCGAUAUAACCGUGCUCAAGGAAGUCGUCACCAGCCUGGUUUAUCUUGAAGAUAAUGCGCUAGAGUUACCAUCGUUCAACUCCUCGCUACACCGCAACCUGAAGCAGCAUGUUGAGGCCCACUUCCCUGGUGUCACGCCCGAUAACUUGAAGCGAACGACGUUGUAUCCCGGGUCUUUUGGGCGAAGCUUCUUCUACGACAUCGAUCUUGCGAAUCGACUUCUAAGCUUUGAUAGCAACUGGACAGGACCUCGGCAAGGCACAGGUUUUGCGAAUGAAGUUGAGACCGCCAACUUUAACCUUGGUCUGGUAGAAUCCCAGGUGCAACUCCUGCAAAGUUGGAAGAUACUUGCUCUCGAACUGAGCUACGUCGUUGCCAAGGACGACCGUGUGGCGAGGCUCAUGACCAGUGUAGUCAAGAAAUGCAUGAAAGCUAAUGCUGAAUCUAACCUACCGGAGGCGCUUUUCGGUCAGCUCAUGAUCACUCGAGCUGACCUCGCAUUUGCUUUACUGAAGAAGCUCGUCGAGGCGAAGCUCUUGACGCCAGUAUGGGACGCGAUUCGAGCUUCAAUACCUGACUUCGACACUGUCUUCUCUAGCGACGCGGUACAUUACUAUCGAUCGCUAUUGCGGAUACUCUUCCUGGCGCUUCACUUUCACCUCGUCGACGACUCCAGUCAGGAAAAAGAUGUAACUUUCCGCUCGAGCUUCCGCGGCACAGUACCACAAAGCCACAACGACUUCACCGAAGCUAUAUCGACUCUUUUGCUCGAGAUCCUCGCAGACACGGUUGCGAAAGGAUUCCGCAGCUUAGCUACUCAGCUCCACGCUGAGCCAGCAUCCGUUACACCUUCCGACUUUGCUCUCCUGACCGCACUACUGCAACGGAUCAUUGCCAUUCCUGAGAUGAACAUGUGGCAGUCUCAAGCCGCUCUUCUCUUCGCGAACAACAACACUCUCCGUUACGCCACCAGCUUGUUCUCAUGGUCUGACCGCCUCACCAUCCCCAACAAUGGUGUAGACGACCCUAUCUACGGCGAACUCAGCCUGCUCUUCCUCCUCUCACUCUCUACCAUUCCAGCCCUCGCUGAGACUAUGGCCGUUGACGGGGUUUUAUCGCAACUCAACACUGCCAACCUGAUGAACUACUACCGCCGGCCUAAUGGCAUGGGCCAUUUCGAUUCACCAGCACGGUUGUACUCUAUAUGGGUCAAAGGCAUAUUACCAUUGUGUCUGAAUCUCCUACUGUCCGUUGGUCCGCCCAUCGCAGGCGAGAUUUCGAGCUUCCUCAACCAGUACCCUGAGCAGCUUCUCCGGGCGUCGCAAGCUAUCAACAGCAGCCCCUCAUCGCGAGCCCAUUCUACCAAGAUAACAUUGUCCAUCGCCUCAGAAGCACAUUCACUGUCUCUGGUCUCCGCUAUUAUCGAAAACGUGCGCAAACAGGGCCCGAAGCUCGGCAUCCAAGCCAACGACGUUGCGCCCCUAGACUGGGACAAGGAGAAUGUCAAGGAGGAUAUUGAGAGCUGGCUCAGCCGCAAGGGUGCGCUACGCGAGCGCAUCGUUGCAAUGGACGAGCGCGAAGUGGAGAUGCUGAGCAGGAAGGGCCGCAGCGACGCAAGCUUGAACGAGCUGGAAGACAAGGUGUUGGCUGAGCUGGAAGACGCAGGGAGAUGUUUGGGCUUGACGAUUGGAUAA